AUGCCCCUAGAAGUACUCCCCGCAACGCCCGCCGACGUCCCCGCAAUCGUCGACGUCUACUUCCGCGCCUUCCAGACCGGCUUCGCGCACACACUUCUGCAAGACACGCCCGCGGUGCGCGAGUGGUGGGGCGACGGCAUGGCGCACGCGAUGACACACGACGCGGACGCUUACUUCCUCAAAGCCGUGGACACAGACGGCGGGCAGCUGGUCGCGUUUGCACGGUGGGUGCGGCCGCGCGCGCAGCCGCAGACGGAAGCCUCGCUGCCGCCUACGUUCCCUGAGGGCGCGAACGAGCGCCUCUUCAGGGACUUUAUCGGCGAGCUGUUUGUGCGGCGCAUGCAGCUGAUGGGCGCGACGCCGCAUUGGUACCUCGAGCUCCUAGCAACGCACCCCGCGCACCAGCGCCGCGGCGCCGCGUCCCUGCUCAUCGCGGCCGUGCUGGACGACCCGGCGAACGCGGAGACGGCCGCGUACGUCGAGAGCUCGCCGCAGGGCGUGCGGCUGUACCCGCGGCACGGCUUCGAGCCGCAAGGCAGCUUGGUGCUGCAAAUUGAGGGGCAUGGGCCUUAUGAGACGUUGUUGAUGCCGAGGUAUGUCAAGGUCAAGGGCGGGUAG